UUAUCGUUAUUAUUAGCAUUAUUAGUACUUGCUCUACUUUCUCUUCCUCUUCUUUUGUACUUUGACCAUUUUUCUUUACUCAUCUGUCAAAAAAAAAAGACAAACAAACAAACAAACAGAGCUACAUAUAUUUAUUUAUUUAUUUUCUUCUUCUCCUUGUCUUCAUUCUUUUUCAAUUAUUAAGCAAUGACCGUCAGUAACUCUAAUUGUUCUGUGCUUGUACUUGGUGGCGUUGGUUUUAUUGGCCGUCACUUUGUCCAUCAUCUCGUUCAAAAUGGAUUGGCAUCCUACAUUCGUGUAGUCGACAAAGCCCUCCCACAAACAACCUAUUUGUCAGAGUCUCACAAAGCAUCCUUUGAAAAAGUUGAAUUUAAACAAAGCAAUCUGAUUCAUCCAGCUGCCAUUGCUACUUGUUUUGAAAGAGAAGACGGUAGUUCUUUUGAUUAUGUAUUCAACUUUGCAGGCGAGACAAAGUACUCUCAAGUCGCAGAGGUCUAUCAAGAACGAAUCUUCCACCUUUCUGUCAAUUGCGCAAAAGAAGCUGCCAAAAGAAAAGUCAAAGUAUUUGUAGAGCUGUCUACAGCAGAGAUUUAUGACAGUGAUAAUUCUGCUUCUUCAGAAACGUCGAAAAUAAAGCCUUGGACUAUCAUCGCAAAGAACAAAUACAAAGCUGAAGAAGAGUUGAAAAAGAUUCCUGGUCUCAACCUUGUUAUCUUGCGUCCUGUUGUAGUAUAUGGUCCAGAUGCUCUUUUGGGAUUAACGCCUCGUCUGAUUAUCGGUCGUAUAUACCAACAUUUGAAUGAGGAAAUGAAGUUGCUGUGGUCAAAGGAUGUGAAACUCAAUACAGUUCAUGUUGACGAUGUGGCCAGAGCAUGCUGGCAUGUGGCUACAUGGUAUGAGACUCGCAAAACAACAGGUGUACCGAUCUUUAACCUUGCCGACAAGGAAGACACAGAUCAAGAAACUAUCAACCGUCAUUUACGUUCUUUGUUUGGUAUCCAAACUGGUUACUAUGGUAGCGUGGUAUCUAGCUUUGCAAAGCUUAAUCUGGAUUAUGUAAUGGAAGAUGUCAACGAAAAACAUUUGGCACCUUGGGCAGAUCUCUUAAAAUCUUCCGAUAUUCGUGUGACUCCCCUGUCUCCAUAUCUGGAUGAAGAGUUGCUGUACAACAAUGCGUUGUCUGUAGAUGGCACAAAGAUUGAACGCGAAACCAACUUUUCCUACACUGUCCCCACAUUGACCCAGGCCAAAUUGAGGGAAAUCAUUGAUGGAUACAAGGCGUUGAAGGUCUGGCCUACCGAUGUACCAGCUUAGAGGGAGCUUGAUUUUAUUCUAUUUUAUUUGAGUUUAGUUUAGUUUAAAUUAUUAUUUUAUACACAUACACCCAUACACCCAUAUGCACACACACACACACAGAGAAAGAAAAGGCAAUAAAGUAAAAAAUAAAACUAGAGGAGAAGGUUUUAUAGUGAUU